AUGCUCUUCCGCGCCAACGCAGUCGCAACGGCACACAUCAUCGCCCCUCGCCUCGCGCUUUUGCUCCCAGUCUCGCGGACUGCCUUGCUCCUUCCAUCGUCCCGCCGCUCGCUAUCUUCGUCAGGUGCUCCUUCCAACGUCAAGAUGACCACCGACUCGUACCCACUUCAGCCAUCCGAGCCGGUUGAUCCGUUUCACGGCCCUUCCAAGACGCAGAAACCCAUCAACGUCCAACUCAACGGCGGCUCCAGCCUGCCAUCGGCCUCCUCCCGCCAGAGCGCCAAGACCGCACCUCUGCUUCCCGCCUCGCCUCCCACCGGCCGCAUCGACAAUGCCAAGAAACAGCGGCUGCUCGCGCGCGACUUCCGCUCCGACACCAUCACCGCCCCGACCGAGUCCAUGAUCCGCGCCAUGGCCGAGGCCUCGCGAGGCGACGACGUCUACGGUGAAGACGAGACCACCAACUCGUUCCAGGCCGAGAUCGCCGCGCUCACAGGCAAGGAGUCCGCCAUCUUUGUCCCCUCGGGCACGCUCUCCAACCAGCUCGCACUCCGCACCCACCUCCACCAGCCGCCUCACACCAUCCUCUGCGACACCCGCGCCCACAUCCACCGCUACGAGGCCGGCGGUAUCGCCUUCCACUGCGGCGCCUCCACCGAGAUCGUCGCUCCCUCCAACGGUCACCAUCUCCGCUGGGACGAGGACAUCAAGCCCAACCUCAACCUCAGCGACGACAUCCACUUUUCGCCCACCCGCAUCAUCUCGCUCGAAAACACGCUCAACGGCACCAUCUUGCCGCAGGACGAGAUCAUCAAGAUCUCCACCGAGGCGCGCAAGCUCGGACUCAUCAUGCACCUCGACGGCGCGCGCAUCUGGAACGUCGCCGCAGAGACGGGUCUGUCGCUCAGGGAGCUCUGCGACCCCUUUGACACCGUCUCGCUCUGCCUCUCCAAGGGGCUCGGUGCGCCCAUCGGCAGCAUCCUCGUCGGACCCGCGCAGUUCAUCAAAAAGGUGCGCCACUUCCGAAAGCUCUACGGUGCCGGUGUGCGCCAAGUCGGCCCGCUCGUGGCGGCGGCGCGUGUGGGUGUGCUCGAGAACUUCCCGAAGCUCAACGCCACCCACCAGCUGGCGCGCUACGCCGGUCGCGAGCUCGAGAAGCUCGGCGUGAGGCUCACGGCGCCCGUCGAGACGAGCAUGGUCUUCCUCGACACGUCGUCCAUCGACAUCCCCAUCCCCGAGCUCGUCGCGCGCGCCGCGGCGCUGCCCCAGCCCAUCAAGCUCGGUGGCGGCCGCAUGGUGGUGCACUACCAGAUCGAGAAGCAGGCCAUCGAUGACCUGCUCGACCUCAUCCGCCAGAUGAAGCAGGAGAAGAAGGAUGGCACUGGUCCCGUCACCGUCGCCACAGGCGGUGCUGGGCUUUACUCGAGCAGCAUGAACAGCGGCAGCAAUGGCGCAGGCCACGUACGUUCGAGCAGCAUCGAGAACCGCGGACUGGUGUUCCAGACCAUCGGCACGUCGUCGCGCAAGCCGUCGGACGACAUGCGCCACAGCGUCUCGCUCGUGCUUCCCUUCCCCGACCGCGAGUCGGCACUCACGCUGCAAAAGUCGAUCGCCGUCGAUCGCGAGCUCAAGCCCAAGGAGGUGCGCAAGGAGUUCACCAUCCUCAACCCGUCGUCGCCACGCCCCGAGAACGAGACCGCCUAUGUCGAAAUGGGCGUCAAGAUCUUCGCCACCACCGUGAGACAGCUGAGGCUCAGCGUCAACGCCUUCCUCGAAGACGCCGCGCUCAUCUGCAGGACAAUGGCCGAAUUCGACCCGCUCACAAAGCAGAUUGACGAGGCGCGCAAGAUUCAGCUCGAACGCGAACUCGAGCAAGGCUCCACCGGUAUCGCUGGUUGA